AUGAGCCGCGCUGCGGGUUCAGAAGAACACCAAGCUCCGGCCAUGUCCUUGGCCUGGACCUGGGACUCCGGCCUACCAGCCCCUUGGACCCACCCACAGUCCAACACAACGCAAAGCUCCGCAUCCCCACUCCCCCUCACCCAUGCUGUGAUAACAGUCAGUUCAUCAAACAGAAAAUCAUUCAAUCAAAAAAUAUUUACUUCAACAUUUCCCAAACCACCUCAGCCAAGUAAUAAAAAGAAAUCAAGACUUUUGGAAUUACACAACACAGUUCCUAGACAGGACAAAAGAAAAUUAAAGGAAGGUCAGAAGAAAGCUCACAUAUGGAUAAAGCAUUCUUUCAGAAAGUACUUCCAAAGGCCAUGUAUUUACUUAGCUGUCAGUAGACAGGCUCCAUUUGGAUGUUCUUAUAUUCCCAAAGACUACCCUGAAAAAGCAGAAUCUAAAGAGUCCAACAAUGGCAAUAAAAUAACAGAUUUAAUGGAGGAUUGUAAGAAAAAAACAGGAGCAAGUGCAACAACUCUAAAAUUCAAGAAAACAGUAAAUAAUGAAAACUAUAAAAGAAGGAAUAAAGUACUUAAAAUUCCAUCAAAAUCAUCACAUGAAAAUGAGCCAUAUAAGCAAUCAAAGUUCAAAUUAGAUACAAAUUCAGAAUACAAGGAUUCUAAAGAGGUCUCAAUGGAAAAUAAAAGAAAAGAUAAGAAAGACUCAAAAUAUUUCAAAGAUACAAAUACUGAAUUCAUAUGUACAAAGACUGGUCCAAAGAAAGAUUCUAAGAGUUCCAAGAAGGUCUUUGGUGCCAAAUCAGACACUCACUCAAAAAAUAAUUCAAAUGUGGAUUCGAUGAUGUAUUUAGAGGAGUCUAGUACUGAAUCCAUGGAUUUUUACAUGUGGCUAAGGAAUUAUUCACAAAAUAACUCAAAGAAGGGUGCAAAGAAAGAUACAAAGAAGGGUGCAAAGAAGGUCUCUGAUGGUGAAUCUGUAGACUCAAAGAAGGGUAAAAAAAAUGCAAAGAAAGACAGUAAGAAAAAGAAUUCAAAGCAAGACUUAGAGUCUACUGAUACUGAAUCUGUAGACUCAAAGGAUGCAAAGAAAAAUAUAAAGAGGGAUAAGAAAGAUACUAAGAAAAAGCAUGCAAAGAAGGAUGUAGAGUCUACCAAUAUUGAAUCUGAGUCUGAAAUUGAGUCAAAGAAGACUAAGAAAGAUAAAAAAAAAGAUAAGAAGAAUUUAAAGAAAGGAAAUAAGAAGAAGGAUGCAAAGAACUCAGUGUCUACUGACAGUGAAUCUGAAUCUGAAUUGGAGACAAAGAAGGUGAAAAGAGAUGAAAGAAAGGAUAAGAGAGAUUCAAAGAAAGAUGACAAAAAGAAGGAUUCAAGGAAGUAUGCAUUAUCUACUGAUGAAUCUAAAUCUGAAUGGAAAUUUAAAAAGAAUAAGAAAGAUUUUAAGAAGGAUGCCAAAAAGGACACAGAGUCUACAGAUGAUGAAUCUGAUGAAUAUCCAAAGAAAGGCCUAAGAAAACACAUAAAGUCAGCAUUUGAAGAUUCAGCAUCUGAAUCUGAUGAGUCACUACAUAAACCUGGAAGUGAAAAUAGAGUUGAUGAAUCAGAUGCCACAUCCACAGAUUCAAACAAAGAAGCACAGGAACUAAAGAAAAGAUUCAGAAUGUCAUACAAAAAGACCACAUUCCAAGGAAAAGGGAAAAAAGCAGCUAUAAGUAGAGUUUCUCCAUCAAGAGAAAGACCUCCACUACCUCUUUGUGAGCCGUUAACACCAUCACCUAAGGUCAAACGUCUCUGUCGGUGCAAGAUGCCUCCUCCACGUCCAAAGCCAAGAUAUGCUCCUUUGGUAUGCUUACUCUUAUUUUACUUUUUAGCUCAAAUUAUGUAA